CACCCCAGCCUACCCACCCGGCGCCCGGCCGCGCCCGCGCGCCCCGCCCCGCGGCGCCGCCCCUCGCCCCACCCCAACCGGGAGACUUCGCCAGGGCCGCAGCGCGGCGGCAGCAACAUCACUCUACAGCCGCCGCUGCUCCGCCCCAUCCCCUUCUGUUUUUCUCCCUCAUCCUCCCGCGGCGGCGCCCGUGGCCGUGGCGCCGGCAGAGGCAGCCGCAGCUGCGCGGGCUGCGAUGAAUGGUCCUUCAGCGCGGGGGCAGGACCCCAGGUGAGCCUCGGCGCUCGCGAGGGAGGGCCGCGACCCCGCUGCCCUGCUCCCCGGCCGCGCCAUGGAUCCGUAGAGGAAGGAGGCGGAGGCGAAGACAGCUCUGCCGCCCACCCCCCAUCCCAUUGCUCCCCUCUUCCUUUAUCUCAUUGUUGCCGCGGCUGUUUACGGCCUCGCUCCCUGCUGCCCUGGGCCAUGGGGCGGGCUCCAGGCGCUGCCUCUGGGCCAGCGCUGCUCCCUCGGCUGCUCGGGGAUUCUGCUUGAUUGUGCCGAGCCAGCCGGUGCAGCGGCGGAGCGGACACGGCCAGCUGCGGCCCGGACUGCAGCAGCAGCGGUAGUAGUGGGGCCGUCCCCCAGCAUCCCCACCCUAGGGGGGCUGCAUGUGGGAUUAAAGCGCUGCGCCCCCAGGGUCUGGGCGCCCCCACCUCCCGCCCCGAGGAUCCCGACCUAGGGCGCAAGGAGUGGGCAGAGCGCGCAUAGUAGAAGAGUCGAGAUGGCCAGUAAGACCAAGGCCAGCGAGGCCCUGAAGGUGGUGGCCCGGUGCCGCCCCCUGAGCAGGAAGGAGGAGGCCGCGGGUCACGAGCAGAUCCUGACUAUGGAUGUGAAACUGGGCCAGGUGACUCUGCGGAACCCCCGCGCAGCGCCGGGGGAACUGCCCAAGACUUUCACCUUUGACGCCGUGUAUGAUGCCAGCUCCAAGCAGGCUGACCUGUAUGACGAGACGGUGAGGCCCCUGAUCGAUUCGGUCCUGCAGGGCUUCAACGGCACCGUGUUCGCCUACGGCCAGACGGGCACGGGCAAGACCUAUACCAUGCAGGGCACCUGGGUGGAGCCGGAGCUGCGCGGGGUCAUCCCGAACGCCUUCGAACACAUCUUCACGCACAUCUCGCGCUCCCAGAACCAGCAGUACCUGGUCCGGGCCUCCUACCUGGAGAUCUAUCAGGAGGAAAUCCGAGAUCUGCUCUCCAAGGAGCCGGGCAAGAGGCUGGAGCUGAAGGAGAACCCCGAGACGGGAGUCUACAUCAAGGACCUGUCCUCCUUCGUCACCAAGAAUGUCAAGGAGAUUGAGCACGUGAUGAACCUGGGCAACCAGGCCCGGGCUGUGGGCAGCACCCACAUGAACGAGGUCAGCUCCCGCUCGCACGCCAUCUUUGUUAUCACGGUGGAGUGCAGCGAGCGUGGCUCUGACGGCCAAGAGCACAUCCGGGUGGGCAAACUCAACCUGGUGGAUCUGGCUGGCAGCGAGAGACAAAACAAGGCGGGCCCUAAUGCAGCUGGAGGGACAGCCUCCCAGUCAGCCGGUGGUGGCAACAAUGCAGGUAGCAGUGGUGGUGGUGGUGGUACCGGUGGUGGAGAGAGGCCGAAGGAAGCCUCCAAGAUCAACCUCUCACUGUCCGCCCUGGGCAAUGUGAUCGCCGCCCUGGCGGGCAACAGGAGCUCCCACAUUCCCUACCGGGACUCCAAGCUGACCCGGCUGCUCCAGGACUCUCUGGGGGGCAAUGCCAAAACCAUCAUGGUGGCCACUCUAGGGCCUGCUUCCCACAGCUACGACGAGAGCCUCUCCACCCUGCGCUUUGCCAACCGUGCCAAGAACAUCAAGAAUAAGCCCCGGGUGAACGAGGACCCCAAGGACACGCUGCUGCGGGAGUUCCAGGAGGAGAUUGCCCGCCUGAAGGCCCAGCUGGAGAAGAAGGGGAUGCUGGGCAAGAGGCCCCGCCGGAAGAGCAGCCGCAGGAAGAAGGCAGCCUCUGCCCCGGCUGGCUACCCUGAGGGCUCUGUGAUCGAGGCCUGGGUGGCGGAGGAGGAGGAUGACAACAACAACAACCACCGGCCACCCCAGCCUGUCCUGGAGUCGGCCCUGGAGAAGAACAUGGAGAAUUACCUGCAGGAGCAGAAGGAGCGGCUGGAGGAGGAGAAGGCGGCCAUCCAGGAUGACCGCAGCCUGGUGAGCGAGGAAAAGCAGAAACUGCUGGAGGAGAAGGAGAAGAUGCUGGAGGACCUGCGGCGGGAACAGCAGGCCACUGAGCUACUCGCAGCCAAAUACAAGGCCAUGGAGAGCAAGCUGCUGAUCGGAGGAAGGAACAUCAUGGAUCACACCAACGAGCAGCAGAAGAUGCUGGAACUCAAGAGGCAGGAGAUUGCUGAGCAGAAACGCCGCGAGCGGGAAAUGCAGCAGGAGAUGCUGCUCCGAGACGAGGAGACCAUGGAGCUCCGUGGCACCUACACGUCCCUGCAGCAGGAGGUGGAGGUCAAGACCAAGAAGCUCAAGAAGCUCUACGCCAAGCUGCAGGCGGUGAAGGCGGAGAUCCAGGACCAACAUGACGAGUACAUCCGUGUGCGGCAGGACCUGGAGGAGGCACAGAAUGAGCAGACCCGGGAACUCAAGCUCAAGUACCUGAUCAUCGAGAAUUUCAUCCCCCCCGAGGAGAAGAACAAGAUCAUGAACCGGCUUUUCCUGGAUUGCGAGGAGGAGCAGUGGAAGUUCCAGCCUCUGGUGCCUGCUGGAGCCAGUAACAGCCAGAUGAAGAAGCGGCCGACAUCAGCAGUGGGCUACAAGAGGCCUAUCAGCCAGUAUGCUCGGGUUGCAAUGGCAAUGGGGUCCCACCCCAGGUACAGGGCCGAGAACAUCAUGUUUCUGGAGCUGGACGUGUCCCCCCCAGCUAUCUUUGAGAUGGAAUUCUCCCAGGACCAAGAACAAGACCCUCGUGCACUGCACAUGGAGAGGCUCAUGAGAUUGGACAGUUUACUGGAGAGACCAUCCACAUCCAAAGUUCGGAAGUCCAGAUCCUGGUGUCAGAGUCCACAGCGGCUCCCCCCUUCCACCGCACAUGCACCGAUGGCCUCAGCUUCUGCCUCUGCGCGCCCCACGACACUGGUGGACCAUGAGUGACAACCUGCACUGGCACUCUGCCCAUCAAAUGGACUCCUGGGGUGGGGCAGCCAAGCCGGGCCCACCCAGCUCGUGUGCCGCUUGGUGUGUGUGCGUGUGCGUGUGCGUGCAUGUGCGUGGUAGAUGUGUGCGGGGGCAGGGAUGCAGCAGGUGGAGUUUCCACCUGCCCUUCUUUGUCCCCUUUAUUUAAUUCAUGUUAUUUAUUCGUGCGGGGGGAGAUGCCCUCGCCUGCGCCAUCCUGCCCCGCC